GUGAAACCGCGGAUAAAAGUUUGAACUGCCGGCAACGAGCACACAUUUCAUUCAAUCACAAUUUUCGAUUAGUGUGAGUUGAUCGUGUGAUUAUUGAAACUUGCUGCAUCAAGAUGGGUAUUGAUUUCUACUACGUUCCCGGAAGUGCACCUUGCAGAAAUGUUCUUCUCGCGGCAAAAGCCAUCGGAGUAGAAUUGAAUCUAAAACUAACAGAUUUGAUGAAAGGAGAUCACUUGACUCCUGAAUUCAUCAAGAUAAAUCCUCAACAUACAAUACCAACAUUGAACGACAAUGGUUUCGCCCUUUGGGAAAGCAGGGCUAUUAUGACCUAUCUGCAGGAACAGUAUGGCAAAGAUGACAGCCUUUAUCCUAAGGAUCCCAAGAAGAGAGCUCUGGUAGACCAGAGAUUGUACUUCGACAUUGGAACGUUGUACUCCAGAUUUGCUGACUACUAUGUGAGUAUUUUAGUAAUGAUGGUCAAAAAAUUUGGCUAA